UUGAAAACAAAACUGCUGACUUGGAAGCACUCAAAUUAUUGUUGCAUAGGUUUUGUGUUGUGAAUUGGUGCGCCGAAGAUAAAGUGAACGCUUGAAGGGGAUUAGAAAUUUCGUCGACAAAAUGGAUCCAGAAGCAUUCUUGGAUAUGGCCAAUCAGGUCAUAAAGUUGAAAAUGUUUCCUUACUUUGACAUUGCACACAGUCUGCUUGCCGCACUAGCUGUUAGAGAAGAUCUAGGUUCGAAUGCACAAUCAUUUUCACGUAAACAUCCGCUUGCAUGUUGGCUAUCUACGAUGCUUGUAAUUUUCUCCGGAGGCAUGGUAGCUAAUGCACUGCUUGGUGAACCUAUAUUGGCCCCUCUGAAAAACACACCACAAUUAUUCGUUGGCACAGUUGUAUGGUACUUGGUUUUCUACACACCCUUUGAUAUCGGUUAUAAAAUUGGCAAGUUCCUCCCAAUUAAAGUAGUUGCUAGUGCAAUGAAAGAGAUUUACCGUGCAAAGAAAGUUUAUGAUGGUGUCUCCCACGCUGCUAAGUUGUACCCAAACGCCUGGAUAAUUAUGAUUAUAAUUGGAACAUUGAAGGGCAACGGUGCUGGAUUCACUAAACUUUUAGAAAGACUGAUUCGAGGAGCCUGGACACCGACAGCUAUGGAAUUCAUGCAGCCUUCAUUCUACACCAAAGCUUCUUUGUUAGCUUCAAUAAUAUUUGUACUGGAUAAGAAGACAGACUGGAUUUCAGCGCCCCAUGCUUUAGUUUACUUCGGUAUUGUUAUAUUCCUGGUAUACUUCAAGCUAUCUUCAAUUCUUUUGGGUAUACAUGAUCCUUUCCUACCAUUCGAAAAUCUGUCCUGUGCAAUAUUCUUCGGCGGCAUUUGGGAUAGCUUAGCAAAAAUUUUGGGACGUGGUCAAGCAAAAGAAGGUGAAGUAAAAGAAAGCAAAAAGAGCAAUUAAAAGGCCGAUACGCAGUGGCUUUGUCGAAAAUUGAAAAGACGUUAAAAUGUGGUUUGAAAUAUAUAACAUCCAAAAACAGCAACAACAACACAACGACCUUUUUUCGAAAAGAUGAUAUUAACGUAAACGAUUUUCCUCUUUUUGUAAUUUUGUUUUGACCACCGUACAGUUUUACUACAAUUGAAUAUUUUUCAUUUUGAAAACAAAAAUGUCCUAAGCAAUGUAUUCUAGUCACUUUUAUACCAUAGUGCUCAAAAUGAAACGCAAAAGUGAACCAUAAAGUCAUUCUUGUGAUUGAACAACAAGUGGGUGUGCUUGCUCAAUGAUGAAUUUGACUUCUUGCAAAAGCGUUUGUAUUGGAGGUUAAUUAUUAUAUUGUUGAUUUUAGUAAUUUAUUUUUUUUAUUAUUAUUUUCGUAAAUAUCAGUAACGGGCAGAAAUACAUUUAAUUACAAAUGACUUCGAAAUUUAACAUUAGCAUUAAUGAUUAUAUGCUAAGAUCUUGCCAAAUUUAAUUUAAAACCAUCGUACGUACGUUUGUAUAUAUUUAAGAAGUACGAGGAGAAAAUAAACAAUAAGCUUUAUAUCCGAUAUUGUCACGAGAAAGACUUCUCGAUGUUAAAUAUAUUUAAAGUAAUUUUACAACAAAAAAUUAAAAUAAAACAAUACCUUUGAGAUACCAAAA